UCAAGUUUUGUGGGGUCUUUUCUUUUUUGGUUUCUUUUUGAGGGUGGGUCACACCCGGCAGUGCUCAAGAGUCACUCCUGGCUCCGCAUCAGGCAUUACUUCAGGAGGUGCUCGGAUGCGGGGUAUCAGACCCGGGUCCAAUGCCCAGACGCUGUACUAUCUCUCCAGCCCGUUUGUUUUUGUUUGUGUGUUUCUGGGUCACAUCCCUGCAGUUCCCGGGCUACUCCAGGAGAAGUUGAGGCAGGGGGAGGGGCACUCUCGUGCCGGGGAAUCCAGCCCCGCAGGGCCUCCCGCUCGCGGGCAAAGCUUUCAGCCCUUUGAUCUCUCUGGCUGAAAAAGACCUGGUGGACGGGGAGGAGUUUGCAGACAAACGCAAAAUCGGUUCUUUCAGGCGCAAGUGUCCCUGCUAAGCCCAAGCCUAGAGGAGGCCCGGCCGUGUGGCGGAGAGGUGUGACCCCGAAGGCUCCGAGGAUUGGACGCGGCGAGGCAGGAGCCGCCUACUAGGCGCUCGCGGCGGCAGAGGGCCAGGUUGUGGGGUCGCCCAGGUUGAAAGACUGGUCGAAGCCACGCGAGCGUGAGUCAGCGCUGCCCCAGGGGCCCUCCGCCCCUUGGGGGUGAGUCGUCUUCGGGGAGCGGAGGAGAAGAAGGCCGGAGAAACUGGGCCAGGCUGCACUUGGAACUCGAGGGUCCUCGAGGCCUCUCCGCCGAGUCUGAAGCCCGGGGCGCUACACGCACUUGAGCAUGAAGAGUUGCGGGAGCAUGCUGGGGCUGUGGCGGCCGCGGCUCCCCCCGCCGGGGCUCCUGCUCCUGCUGCCGUUUCUGCUGCCGCUGCUCCUGCCCGCGGCUCCUGCGUCCCACCGCGCCUCCUACAAGCCGGUCAUCGUGGUGCACGGGCUCUUUGACAGCUCGUACAGCUUCCGCCACCUGCUGGAAUACAUCAACGAGACACAUCCCGGGACUGUGGUGACAGUGCUGGAUCUCUUCGAUGGCAGAGAGAGCCUGCGACCCCUGUGGGAGCAGGUGCAAGGGUUCCGAGAGGCCGUGGCCCCCAUCAUGGCAAAGGCCCCGGAAGGGGUGCAUCUGCUCUGCUACUCACAGGGGGGGCUGGUGUGCCGGGCCCUUCUCUCCGUCAUGGAUGAGCACAAUGUGGAUUCUUUCAUCUCUCUCUCUUCUCCACAAAUGGGACAGUAUGGAGACACAGACUAUCUGAAGUGGCUCUUUCCCACCUCCAUGAGGUCCAACCUCUACAGGAUCUGCUACAGCCCUUGGGGCCAGGAAUUCUCCAUCUGCAACUACUGGCAUGACCCCCACCACGAUGACUUGUACCUCAAUGCCAGCAGCUUCCUGGCCCUCAUCAAUGGGGAAAGAGACCAUCCCAAUGCCACAGCAUGGCGGAAGAACUUUCUCCGAGUGGGCCGCUUGGUGCUGAUUGGGGGCCCCGAUGACGGUGUUAUCACCCCAUGGCAGUCCAGCUUCUUUGGUUUCUAUGAUGCAAAUGAGACGGUGUUGGAGAUGGAGGAGCAGCUGGUUUAUCUUCGGGAUUCCUUUGGGUUGAAGACUCUGCUGGCCCGGGGGGCCAUCGUGAAGUGUCCGAUGGCCGGGAUCGUGCACACGGCCUGGCACUCGAACCGCACCCUGUACGACACCUGCAUUGAACCGUGGCUCUCCUGAGGACAUCCACAGGGACCUGUCCCCCUGCAGGCCCUGGCCCAGAGACCAAGCGGUGGCCUUGGAUAGCCGAGGCCAGGCUGUGGUGUGCCUCACUGCCCCCACACUGCCCCCUACCAGCCAGGGCUCCCCACCCCCCCAGCUCCUCUGUGAAUGACAGCACGUCCUGGACGCCCCACCUCGCGUGCCCUCCUUCGGAGGCUGCUCCUCCCGCGUCCUCCCGAGGCUGAGGAUGGGAAGUGACACACCAGGUUUUCCACGCUGGCCGCUGCUGCUGCUUCAUCUCUGGCCAUGCCGGGGGAGAGCCCAGCCUCUGCCCACACGAGGCUCUCCUUCCCGGCCACUCAGGACAUUUUUAGCUUCUGUUCUUCCCCCGGAUCUCUUUUUUCUCUGAACUCCCCCGUCGUCAGCCCUCCCAACCUCUGGAAGGACUAACUCGUGAGCGUGGGGUUCUGAGGUUCCCCUAUGGGGACAGUUCCGUUCUUGAAGUGUCAGUGUUGGGGAAUAUCUGUGGCCUGCGAGGCCCAUCUCAGGUUUGGGGAUCCCCCAGUCCCUAUGUUCAGUGUUGGGGUACCCCUGGGGGCCUAGUUUCUUUGAGGCCCCAGCCCCUCUUUUAGCUACCCAUGAAUGGGUACGGCCCCAGUAUUU